AUGACUACAGAGGUUACAUCGCUAGUUAAGGAACAAAUCUUACCCUCAGAGUAUGAGUUGAAAGAGCCUGAGCCAGAACACUGUCCAGGGCCUGAGUCAGAAAUGGCCGGUAAAGCAGAUGCCUGUGACGGUUGUGCCAACAAGGAGAUUUGUGAGAGUUUACCCAAAGGACCUGAUCCAGAUAUUCCUUUGAUCACAGAAAACUUGAGUGGGAUUAAACACAAGAUUCUUGUUUUGUCUGGUAAAGGUGGUGUCGGAAAGUCUACUUUCACUUCGAUGUUAAGUUGGGCUUUAUCGGCUGAUGAAGACCUACAGGUUGGCGCUAUGGAUCUGGAUAUUUGUGGGCCUUCUUUACCACAUAUGUUAGGUUGUGUGGAUGAAGUAAUUCAUGAAUCUAAUUUCGGUUGGUCGCCUGUUUAUGUCGCUGAUAACUUAGCUACCAUGUCAAUCCAAUUUAUGUUGCCAGAAGAUGAUUCCGCCAUCAUAUGGCGAGGUUCUAAGAAGAAUGCUUUAAUAAAGAAGUUUUUAAAGGAUGUCGACUGGGAUGAAUUAGAUUAUUUGAUUAUUGACACUCCGCCAGGCACUUCCGAUGAGCAUAUUUCCGUAAACAAGUUCAUGAAUGAGUCUGGUAUCGACGGUGCAUUGGUUGUUACCACUCCUCAGGAGGUUGCUUUGUUAGAUGUUAGGAAGGAAAUUGAUUUUUGCAGAAAGGCAGGGAUAAAUAUAUUAGGACUUGUCGAAAAUAUGAGUGGAUUUGUUUGUCCAGGUUGUAAGCAUGAAUCUCAAAUUUUCAAACCAACAACAGGUGGAGGGGAAGCUCUCUGUAAAGAGCUAGGUAUCAAUUUCCUCGGUUCCGUUCCGUUGGAUCCUAGAAUUGGUAAAUGUUGUGACUCAGGUCAAAGUUUUCUAGAUGAAUACCCAGAUAGUCCUGCAUCAUUGGCUGUGCUAAAUGUGGUGGAAGCGUUACGAGAUGCUGUUAACGAUGUUUAA